AUGCCGUUCAUGAAAGGAAGAGCACCUAUUCGUCGUACUUUAAACUAUUUAAACGCCGGUCGACUAGUUUUGAAGGAUAAAAUCAAAAUAUUCUCAGUGGCGUACAAUAUAAAUGGACAAAACAAUUUGGGAGCAAAGGAAUUUGUAUUUUGGUACUUGCCACAGAUUCAAUAUAAAAAUCCCGACGUGCAGGUAGCUACCUUGAAGAACCUGACUCCAUCACCAUUCAUAAAAUGUUAUUUUGAAGAUGGCAGAAAGAUUUUAGUUGAUGUAGACAACAAAUCUAAAGAAGAGAUUUUAGAGCAUUUAAUUAAUACUGUUGGUAAAUCAAAAGAAGUAUUGGAACAGGAGGCAAUAGCUGCUGAAAAGAAGGACAAUCCUGCUAACUUCGGCAUUGGAUGUGAGCGUCCAUGCAUCUGUGAGGUGUACGGACAGAUACCUUGCCCCGGAGUAGUGCCGUUACCAAAGUUCAUGAGAGGAAAAUACAAAAAUGCCACAGAUUAG